AGGCAGAAAGAAGAGCGAGCUCUCCCUCCCACCUCUCUAGCGCGCACUGACUGCUCGCGCUCUCUCUCUCUCUCUCUCUCCUACAUUCAAACAUGGCGAAACUCUUCACCAUCAUACCACCACCAUCACCAUCACCCUCAUCCACCUCAUCACCUCCACCAUCAUUAUCUUCACCCUCAUCACCAGUAUCUCCGGUAGCGUGAUGACCCGGGAGGAUGGAGAAGUUGUCGGCGAGCCUGUCGGAGAUCACUUGGAGCCCGUUGGCGCUGCCGUUGGACGCGGUGGUCAGCAAGUUCCGUCUGCCCACUCUGGUCCGCCUGGCUCACGGUGAAUGUGUGGAGGGGCUGUCGGAGGAGGAUGUGGUGCUGUUACACUCCUGUCGUCAGUGGACCACAGUGACUGCCCACAGCUUAGAGGAGGGACACUACGUUAUUGGACCCAAGAUAGACAUCCCUCUGCAGUACCAGGGGAAGUUCAAGUUGUUGGAUGAAGACCGAGACGUCAGGGAUCCGGUCCAGUAUUUUUCCAGUGUGGAGGAAGUUGCCGGAGUCUUCCCUGACCGGGUCUUUGUCAUGGAGACGAUCACUUUUAGCGUCAAGGUGGUGUCAGGGGAGUUCAGUGAGGACAGUGAGCCCUACAGCUUCACUCUGCAGGCUGGAGAUGAGCUGUCACUCAUGGGGAAGGCGGAGCUUCUCUGUGCCACGCCCCCUAAGGAAAAGACGGGACUGAGCGCGCUCUUGAGACGCCUGGGAAAGACACCUAGAAGUAAAACUCCAUGCCUGGUCUGUAUGAACCAUCGCACCAAUCAGAGCGUCAGCCUUCCCUUUGGUUGCCGUGGACGCUUUUGCACACGCUCCCCUCUGGAGCAAGGCAUGCUGGGAGGGGAACACACUGUACGCAGCAUCAUCGAGAGGGUUCGCCUCCCCGUCAAUGUGUCCGUGCCCUCGCGACCGCCACGAAACCCUUAUGACCGCCAUGCGGUCCGAGAGGGCCACCGCUACAAGCUGCUCAACAUCGUCAGCAAGACGGUGGUGCUCUGCAUGGUACUCCGCCGACAGGAAGUCUCCCCCUCCCACUUCCUGCUGCUGCGCUGCAUGCCCCGGUUCAACGUGGCCGAGGCCUCCGUCCACACGGCGGCGCUAGAGAGCCUCCUGUUGCGGCACGCGUUCGACCCAGACGCCUACUCUCGGGCUGUUAGAGAAACCCGACCAGAGCUGGAGUGUAUGACAGAGGAGUGUGUGAGCCCGCGGCGCUCUCGCAUGUGCGUGUCGGGUCAGGACUCCUUGGCACCGGCGCUGCAGCGCCUCUCCAUGUGUGGGUACGGGGGUGGGGUUUCGGACAGCCUAUCACAGCGCUGCAGGGACUCUCUUGGAGAGCGGCUGGGAGAGGGGCCAGGUGAGGAGCGGGAGUAUGUGACUCCCGAGUGGACUGAGGCUGAAAUGAGGACCAGUGAGGAAAUCCCUUACGAGGAACUCUGGACCAAUCAGAACGCAGAGGGCUUAGGGAAGGAGCCAAACCUCAUCUCCUUUCAUUCGACUUCCUCAUUGGACGGUUCUCUUGGUACCGUGGUGACAAGAGUGUCCACCCCGCCGCCCGUACCUCCAAAAUCUGAUGCUCCGUGUUGGCUGUUGCCGCUAGUGUCAGCUCGUCCCACAUUUGCUCAGGUGAGAGAGGAGUGUCGCUACUUGAUCGCCCCUCCGGUUCCCCCUCGCUGCUCUAAGGGAGGCUCCAUUUCCAGUCCGGUCCCCAGCCCUCCCGUCCCGCCUCGCUUUCCCAAAACCUCCACCUCCCCGAGACCCAACCUCUCCUUCUACUCCUCUGGACUUCAGGACAGCUGCUCGCCCUCUCCAGAUGCCUCCCUCUACUGUUACCCGUGCUCCUGGGCUGACUGCCCGGCCCCGAACCCUGCCAGUCCUGAGCCAGUCUCUGCCGUCCCCGCAGACAACACAGCCAAUCCUCAGCCAGCACAGGCCACCUGGGCAGAGCCGUGGGUAGAUUCCUUCACCUCCUCCGGACCUCGACUGAGGCCGCCACCUCCACAGAGUCGCUUUGCUCCCUUCGGGGCGUUGAACCCCUUCAACCGCCAGUCCCCUUGCCCCUCGCCUGAGCCCGCCGCCAAUCCCUCGACGGAUUCCUCCAGAGGUGCAGAGGGCGGUGGGGCGUCCACGGGUGUCACCGAAGGGUUGUCCCCGCCCCCUGACCCCACCUGGCGGCCUCCUGCUGACCUGUCUGUGCUGGCAUUGGAGGAGGUGUCGGCCUGCCUGCGGUUCAUCGGCCUGUCGGAGGCGGCGGUGGCCGUGUUCCAGAGGGAGCGAAUCGACGGCAGCCUCCUGGUGCAGCUCACUGAGGACAUCCUGUCACAUGACUUCCACCUGAGCCGACUCCAUGUCACCAAGAUCACACAGUUCAUACAGGGCUGGAGGCCCAAGAUCUAACACACACACACACACACACACACACACACUGUCCUGAUAAUGUGCCUGUUGGCUACUGAGCCAUCCUGAAUGUGCCUUCCACUGUGACCAACCGGCUGCUGAGCCCCACUGACUGAAGCUGAGACUUUGCUGAUGGAAACCACGCCACCCUGUGGACAAACUAUAGAACUGACUCUCUGACAGAGUCUCUGACAGACUGACUGCAUAUUUCCUGUCUGAAUCACAGACUGGGACUAGUUUACUAACAAAUGGCUACAACAGAGAGCUCCAUGAUGAAAGUGCCCCGUUUCAAUUCAUCUUUCUGGCAGAUAGUCAACCACGAUACAUCUUCAUGCUUCGAGACAGCGAAAGGUUUUAAGCACUACGUGGAUUUGUGUGACCUUCAUGCUGUUGAUGCCACAUAAAAUCUGAUAUGAGGGGAAAACAUGCCUUCAUUCGACAUAAAAAAAAAUAUAGGGGGUUGAUUGAUAUGGGGAUUUACAGCCUCUAUUGUUGACCAGUAGGACAUGUAACCACGCAGAUGUAACACUGAACCUGUUCCCUACCUGAGCGUCCUGCACAGCCUUCUUCAUCCGUUCUUCUUCAUCCGUUCACUGAGCUUCAGUGGCCUGUAAUUGGAAUAAAUAACAAUUCUUAGGAGAUAAGAAAGAGCUAGUUGUUUAAAGCUAAAUGGAAAAAAACAAACAAAAGAAAAAUGCAGAAAGUCUGAAGCACCCAAUACAGUAAUUAUUACGUUUCUGGUACUGAUCAAUGAUUCACUGAACCAUUCUGGAUGAAGGCCAUUUUGUGCUUUGUGGACAGGGACAUUUUUAUUAACAUUCCCUUUAAGGGUAACACGAGAUGUCCUUCUCUCUGUAGUCAGAUACACAGAUGUGUUGCUCAGAAAUAGAGUUCUCAAAAUGUACCUCAGAUCACUUGUUCAGAUAUAUGCUUGAUUUAGCCAUGCAUAAUAAUAAAUGAAAUUACACUAAGUAAUAUGUCCACAUAGCCAUUUGUUUACUUCUUCAUUACACGCCACUAGACAAAAAAAACACACUGAUGCCUGCUUGAAAGUAAAGCAUGAGAAGCUGUUGAAAGAUUACUAAUGUUGCAUCAGCUAAUUGUCCAGUUAUUAAAUAAUAAAAAGGAACAUCUGCCUUUUAAUGUUCACUUUCCAAAUUGAA